GUUUUCGAGUCGGUCCAUACUAUAGUACCACUUACUUUCCUCUUAAGGUGUUUUCCUCCAGCAGAGAAAACCCUCAAACUCGCGUUUUGAAAUCGGAGCAGAUGGCGAAAAACUCGAGAGCGAAAUCCUCGUCGGAGGAGCCAUUUUCGGACGGUUCCGAGGAGGAGCAAGUCAACGAUCAAGUCAACUAUGAAGAAGACGAGGAGGAGCUUGAAGCCGUUGCUAGGUCCGCCGAUGACUAUGAAGAAGACGACGAUGCUCCUGCAUCCAACAGAGCCGACGACGAUGACGAGGAAGAUGCUGCAGCUAAUGAGAUCUCAAAGCGUGAAAAAGCGAGGUUAAAAGAGAUGCAGAGGCGUAAGAAGCAAAAGAUACAGGAUAUGUUGGAUGCACAGAAUGCUGCCAUAGAAGCUGAUAUGAAUAACAAGGGAAAGGGGCGUCUGAAGUAUCUUUUGGAGCAAACAGAGUUGUUUGCACAUUUUGCAAAAACUGACCAGUCUACUCCAGAAAAGAAGGCAAAAGGAAGGGGUCGUCAUGCGUCAAAGAUGACUGAAGAGGAAGAAGAUGAAGAGUAUCUCAAAGAAGAAGAGGGUGGGCUUGGAAAUACACGGCUAGUGGCUCAGCCCUCUUGUAUUCAAGGAAAGAUGAGGGAUUAUCAACUUGCUGGUUUGAACUGGAUGAUACGGCUAUAUGAGAAUGGCAUAAAUGGGAUACUUGCUGAUGAAAUGGGUCUUGGUAAGACUUUGCAAACCAUCUCCUUGAUGGGGUACCUGCAUGAGUUUAGAGGCAUUACUGGUCCUCACAUGGUUGUUGCGCCGAAAUCCACGCUUGGCAAUUGGAUGAAUGAAAUCAAACGUUUUUGUCCUACUUUGCGUGCUGUAAAGUUCCUUGGAAACCCCGAAGAAAGGAGAUACAUCCGAGAGGAGUUACUUGUUGCUGGGAGGUUUGAUGUGUGUGUCACAAGUUUUGAGAUGGCCAUCAAAGAGAAAUCUGCUUUACGUCGCUUUAGUUGGCGUUACAUCAUCAUUGAUGAGGCUCAUAGAAUCAAGAAUGAAAAUUCUCUUCUUUCCAAGACCAUGAGGCUCUACAAUACUAAUUAUAGGCUGUUGAUCACAGGGACACCGCUUCAGAAUAAUCUUCAUGAGCUCUGGGCACUUCUGAACUUUUUGCUGCCUGAGAUCUUUAGCUCGGCCGAGACAUUUGAUGAGUGGUUUCAAAUAUCUGGUGAGAAUGACCAGCAGGAGGUGGUCCAGCAGCUUCAUAAGGUAUAUUUGGCAGUAGUAGUUUGUAUAAUUGAUAGUAGCAGUUUCGGCUAUGUUGUAAGAAACAGUGUUCUAGUUGAGGGCAUAAAGAUAGAUCAACUACGUGUGUGAGAGCUUGCAGUAGACUUGAUCUCCAUACUUUUUA